GCCCCGGAGCUUUUUCCCAGGGGACAUGGGGCCGCGCCCUCUCCCGCCGCCGCGCCCACCCUGCGACCAGCCCUGCCCCCCGCCAGCCGGGGUCUGAAGGAGUCGGGAGCCAUGAGCGCCAACCCACAGUGGGACAUCAGCAGGGCGCUGGGGGUGGCCAGGCUCUUCCACCUGGUGUGUGGAGUCCGGGAUGCAUCUGUGACCCCGUACCUGACUCUCUACCUGAGGCAGCUGGGCUUGGCCGCUCCCUGGGUGGGCAUUCUAAUGGGCACCAAGCACCUGAUCGCGGCCUUCUGGGCUCCGUUCUGUGCCUUCCUGGCCAAGAGCUACCAGAAGCGGAGAGUGCUGCUCAUAGGCUCGCUGCUUGGCUCGGUGGGAGCCAGCCUGCUGAUGGUCCUGGUCCCCCCGCUGGACAAAGACUUGGCAUACCGCUCUUGCAACCGGAGCAGCAACCUGAGCUCGGUCCCGCUAAGCGUGAACCUCACCUCAGCCCCAGGGCCUGCCUCCAACCAUCCGGCAGGGGCAGGGGCGCUCAGCCUCCCAGCAGGAAGGAGCUCUGGAGUCACCAUAGCCUAUGACUUCCCAAAUGGACCUGGUGAAAGUGGCCCAGAAACUUUCCAUGCCCUGAGUGGCUACCUAGCUCCCUCUGUUGAAGGAACCAGGUUCAUGGCCCAUGUGUUCCUCCCUCCUGUCACUUCUGGAGUGAAAGCCAAGCUUAGGAAAGGUGCUUUUGAAGGGGUCAGUGCUGCCCGCCCCUUGCUUCCUGGGGACACAUUGCUGGGAAGUCCUGCCAACUUGUCAUCGGCAGGGAGGCAAGCCCGGGCCCGGGGGCUCUCCUUGGAAGGGCUGCAGUGGACUUUCAUCCUGGCCCUGGGCUCCGUGGUGUUCUGGGAGUUGCUGACCUCCUCUCUGGAGCAGGUGGCUGAUGACAGCAUUUAUGAAUACCUGGACUUCGUAGAUGCCACUGACCGCUACAGAAGCCUGUGGAUGUGGCGGUUGCUGGGCACGGCGGUGGGCGUGUGUGCCAUUGCAGCCGUGGCGGAGCAGCUGGACUGCUUCCUGAUGGCCAGUGGCCCCCGGGGUGUGGUGCACUUCUACGGCUACUCACUGGUCAGCACCCUGGCCUUACUGGUGAGCAUUGUCUUUCCUGUGCCCGUCUGCCAGCGGCAGGAGCCCAGCUAUAGAACCGUCAAAGCACUGUCUCUGGUCUGGGGUGAGCCCCGCCUCAUCCUCCUGGCCUUCACCGUAUUUCUGAUAGGCGCUGUCGCCAGCACCGUGCAGAACUUUCUGUUCUGGCACAUGAAGGAUCAUGGGAGCAGCGAACUGGUCAUGGGGUUCUCGGUGGCGCUCAGCCUGCUGGGGGAAAUCCUGCUUCACCCGCUCAGAGCUCCGCUGCUGCGGAGACUGUCCCGGGCUGGCACGCUGGGGCUGGGGCUGGGCGGCCUGGCGGGGCAGCUGCUCUAUUACUCCUUCCUCUGGAGCUGGUGGUCGGUCCUUCCCGCUCAGACCUUGAGUGCCAUUAGCAAUGGGGCUGUAUGGUGGGCAGUGGGGGCCUGGAUAGGCGACCUGGCCACGCCCAGCACAGAGAGGCCCCUGAGUGCCAUGUUCAGAGGCCACUUUUAUGGCGGCGGCUGUAGCCUGGGCAGCUUUGUGGGGGGCUUUGCACUGAUGCGCUUCAGUCUGGCCACCCUCUACCAGGCCUGCUGCGUGGUCCUGCUGCUCUGGCUGGCCUUGUUCCUGGCCAUCCAGCCCAGGCUGCCCCAGGAGCGCAAGAUCAACUACUCCAGGCUGCUGAUUGUGGAAGCUAGCGACACCAGCGACUCCGAGCAGGGGACCGAACGGGACUGGCUUGUGACGGCCAUGAGGGAGGAGCACACAAACUGGAAGGGCUGAGAGUCGUAGUAUGCUGAUGUGGGAAGGCCACUAGUAGGUGGGACAGAUCAGUCUGCUGAGGACACCAUCCUGCCUGGGACUGCAACUGCAGGGAGCCUUGGGAGAAAGAUGGUAUGUCUCUACCAAGGACCCAAUAGGAUCACCUCAUUGCAUGAUUUUCUUCCCUUUUGUAAUAAAAGAAGAUUUAACUUUUUGCCAUUCAAUCUUUUUUAAAUA